GUUUGCUGUCGCUUAUUCAUUUUCGUUACCCACUUACCCCUCUCUCUCUAUCUCUCUUAUAUAUCCUUCUCUGUUUGUUCUAAAACCAAAAUUCAAAAACCUUUCAAGUGAAGAAGAAGAAAAUGACUGUGGAGACUCACCGUCUCAACCUUUUUCCUUCUCAACUCCUACCCAACAACAGAGACAUGAACAUUCAUCCCACCGACACAAGCUUCAUGAACAUGUACAAUUACUCCUCACUACUUCCACUUUCCGGCACCACCACCACCGUGUCGGAGAAUCUCACACCGCCGUACAAUCCUUUCAUAAGUGAUAACCUUCUUCAGAAAAUCUCUGCCAUGAAAUCCGACAGCAUCCUCACUUGCAACAACAAUAACAACAAUGUUGUCUCGUUCCCACGAAAACGUUCUAGAGACUCAAUCAAUAACUACCCUUUCGUUUCUUAUAAGAAUAGCGGAAAUUUCUCCUUCCUCGGUGAAGAUUUUUCUCAAAACAUCAACAACCAAAACACCUACAUCGACAGCAUCAUUUCUCAACAUACGGAGAAAGUGAGAGUUGAAUUGGAAGAAAAGAGAAAACGACAAACUCGGUUGAUAAUGGAAGCAAUGAUGAAAAGAUUAAAAGCUAAAGAAGAAGAAAUAAAAAAGAUUGAAAUAAUGAACAUGAUGCUUGAAGAGAGAGCAAAAUCACUAUGCAUGGAGAAUCAAAUAUGGAGAGAAAUAGCACAAAGCAAAGAAGCAACAGCCAAUGCACUCCGGAACAAUCUUGAACAAGUCCUUGAACAGAUGACAAACGGUGGCGGCGAAGAUGCCCCCGUCGCACCGGAAGAGGAUGCUGAGUCAUGCUGCGGAAGUAAUGAUGAAAAUUUCAGGUGGCGCACUGUAGCAGAUUGUGCGCAGGAUAAGGAUGAAGGUAGAGUGAUGAUGAUGAAUGGUGGUUGCAGUGAAAAGAAGAGAUUGUGCAGGAAUUGUGGUAAAGGAGAAUCGUGCGUACUGAUUUUACCUUGCAGACAUCUCUGUCUAUGUACUAUGUGUGGGGCUAUGGUUUAUACUUGUCCUAUCUGUAAAUCCUUCAAAAACGCUAGUUAUCAGGUUAACUUAAUUUAAGUUUAGGAAUUAGGAAGAAAAAUGCUAGCUAGCUUAACUUUUUUUGCUGGAUGUAUAUGUAUAAUGGAAUGGUAGGUUUUUUUGUGGUUAUUGACUAGUCUUAUGGUGCAUAAGCAACAUAAAUCUUGAAUCAUGUACAAGUUAAAAUAUGAUGAUAAUGGUUUUAUGUUAAAUAGUUUAAUCCAAUCUUUUCAGCACGUCUCUUUUCCAAUGAUCUUAUAUAAUGUUAAAACCAAAAUUUUUCUAACUUGCUUCUUGGUUCUGUUUUUGUGUGUCUCAUGCACCAAUAGGCUUUUCCAGAUUACAGUUAUAUUUCAAUUUUAAAUUACGUCGUGCAUUUGUAGAACCUAUUUUUUUGUCCUUGAAUGUAGGAAUAUCUACGAUAAAAAGGAGCUGUGAAGCUUACCUUAUUGGCGACCCCAUAACACAAGAU